AUGAAAUUAACAAUUAUUGCUUUUGUUUGUUUCGUUUUAUCGAUUCAAAUUUGUAAUGUUACAGCGGAUUCAGAGUCGAGAGCCCUCGAUAUCAUCAAGGACUACUCGAAUAUCACAAGAUAUACAUAUUUCACUACUGACAGAAAGUUGACGAAAUAUCCACCCGGUUUCUGUGGUGGAACACCGGUCGAUGAUUGUGACUGGCCGAAAUAUGCAGAGGCCGUCCUAUUGUUGUCGGGUAUCCCUCUUUUGAUUGGUUUGAUUUGCUUGUGUCUUUCGGUCGUGUUUUGGCUCGGUCGUUCCUUCUUGUUUGGUGGAUGUCGUCCGACACAUGGAUUCCUCUGUCCCGGUCCAAAGCUGGAUCCCGAGAUUGGCGAGGGAUACACCAGCUGUCAGGUGUGGGCGUUGCGUAUCGUCGUUGUGAUAUUCGCCAUCGCUGCAGUUCCGCUGUUUAUCACUGCGAUGACCGGUAACUCGCGUUCCACCAAGGGUAUCAAUAAGGUGGGUGACAUCAUCAUUGCCAAGGCAGACGACACCAUCACCCAACUCCAGAAUAUCACUGCCGAAGUCAAUUCCACCGAGUUUGAGAGACUUGAUAUCUACAGUCCACCUCACACUCGUCAGGACAUCAUUCUCCAGCUGCAAAACAUCACCGACGAGGGUGUCUCUAUGCAAAAGAAAGCUAACGACAUCGAUACUCAAGCAAAGAAAUACGGUGGUUGGCGUAAUGACAUUGUUUUGGCUGGUUUGAUCGUUGGUUUGGUUAUUUGUAUUGUCGCGGCACUCUCUGCCAUCUGCAGCAUUCCACUCCUCUCGGUUGUCGCUGCACUUUCGCUCAUUAUUGUAUUGCCAUUCACAUGGUUUGUCUUCUCUGUUCACUAUCCAGUGAAUUCACUAAUCUCUGACGUCUGUAUCACUUUCAAUUCCACUGGUACUGGUUUGUCCAACUUUACCAAUCCAUUGAUCAACGAAGUCUUCAAGGAUUGUCAGAAUCAAAGCAACACCAUUCCUGCUUUCCGUCAAUUGGAGACUCUUGUUACCGAUCUUCUCGACUCUUCCUAUCAACAGGCAUGCACUGACGGUAUCGACAAUCUCUGUACUCUCACAUUCCCAUUGUAUCCCAACAACGACUACGAUCAACAACCCGUUGUAACUCACAUUUUGAACUGCACAGGUUUGCCAGCUUGUGGAAACGGAACAAUGGACGACUAUAUCAAUCAGCCAAUCUACGACUUCCAACUGGGUUGUCGUGUUGGCGGUGUCGCCACUUGUCCAAAGGCAAUGCCAUGCGCAUCCGGUGAACAACUCAUCUCCUGUCAAGUUAAACAAGAGCCAUCGGUAACCGAAUGUCAAACCGAUUGUCUCAAUCCAAACAUUAAGAACAUGUCACAGAUUGCAGUCAAUGGUAUUCAAGCACUCGACGCUUUCCAACAUAUCUGGGAUCAACAGGUCCAUCCACUCAUCAAAUGUAGCAAUCUCAUGCCAUUCAUCGAAGAUGUUCAACAGGUUGCAUGCGUAGAGGAAAUCGAUUCUCUAAUUCUAUUGAUUAGUCCAACUGGUUUGUUCGCCAUCCUAAUGAUUGGUGUUGGAAUCACCUCUGUACUUGGACAAAAACGUUUCAAUAAGAAAGCACAUGCACAACCAUCUCUUCACCAUGAAAUGGCUUAA